AAAAGAUAUGGGACAUUUCUUCAAUGUGAUUCACUCUUACGGGUUUGAGAUAAGCCUUUCUGUGGCUUCAAUUGUGUUCUUCUGUAUUUUUCCUCUUCUGAGAAUGAUUGCUAAUGAAUUUGAAGUACAGCAGACUUUGCUCUAUAGCAUCCUAUAUUACUAUCAAGUUGUCAGUUCUAUUGGAGUUGUGAUUUAUGCUGCAGAGAACAUUAAGUUUGACGAACUGACUGAACGACACAGGAGACCAGACGGAGAGAUUCAGUGUAACCCUCUAUUGUUUUGUUACUCAUCAUUCUUCUUUAUUGGACACCUUAAUAUUGCCUUAGUCAAAAUUAUCAAAAACCCGCGCGAACAAUGACAUAGAAAAUUAUCCUGAAACAUAAUAGUCCUUACCCCUUUGGUGUGAGCAUUUGGAUGAAUCCUAGUGCUAACUCCAAUAUACGACCAGAGACUAGAUGCCUCUUUCUGAUUACUUUGGUUAUUAUACCUCUACUUGUACAUCUACAUCUCAGUCUAUGGGAUCCUUGCCUUGUAUAACAACAAGUACCACCUUGUGUAUUUCCACCCGUUCACGUAUAUCAUGUACAUUUUCCAUUUGCCCUUCUACUGCUGAUUCACCAAAACUAAAGCAGCCCCCAAGCAAGACCUAAACGAAAGCGUCAGUACAAACUACAGUAUCGAAGGAUACGACAUCGAAGGAUUCGCAGAAGUCAAGCCCAAGAUGGAUGAAAAUAUCUUCGAAAUUUAUGACAGGCUAACCAUCCAUGAUCAGUUGAUUAGAGCAAAAAGCUUUAGAAAGACAUUUAUUCUUAAGCCGAUGGCUCAGAAGACGAGGCAAUUACUCCCUGAUGAUGUUCCUUCUGUCGAGAGCGAAAUUUCAAGAAUUUCUGAGGAAUCGAAGGUUGAGCUCUGUCCUGUUUGUAAAGAAUCCAUGGAAGAAAACCAACACAUUGUGACAUCAGCAUGUGCCCAUCAAUUCCAUUUCAAGUGUAUGAUGAAUGAAAUGCGCACCAAGAGAAUCUGCCCUGUCUGUGAAGAAAAAUUGAGGCCAAAGUAAAUGAGUCCUCAACCAAAACAGCUAUCGAAAUAUUAAUCUUCUAUGGUUCA